AUGUCACGGCAACACUUCUUCCCCAAUCCCCAAACUGAAACCCUCGAUCGACACCAUUUCCCCCAAUCUCCAAACCCCGGCGAGCUCGCCGGCGGCCGCAGCCGUGCCGAUCCGUCCCCGCUUCAGCUUCCCCCGGAUGACCUGCUCAGGGAGAUCCUCCUCCGCCUCCCGCCGGAGCCCAUCCACCUCUUCCGCGCCUCCGUCGUCUCCAAGCACUGGCGCAGCCUCGUCCACGACGCCCGCUUCCGCCGCCGCUUCCGCGAGUUCCACGGGGGCACGCCUCCCGUGCUCGGCUUCUUCCACAACCAGCUGGGGCAUUCCCUCUUCGUCCCCACCUCUGGCGGCUUCGCGCUCUCCACCGCCUCGAUGCGCCACGGCGAGUGGCGGACCCUCGACUGCCGCCACGGCCGCGCCCUCCUGCACAACAACCGCACCAGGACGCUCCUCGUCUGGGACCCCAUGACCGGCGACGAGCGCUACCUACCAUUCCCCACUCAAGCCCAUCUGGAGAUUGUCCAGUACGAUGGCGCGGUUCUCUGCGCGGCUGGCCACUCGGACCACGGCGACUGCCAUUGGUGCCCGUUCCUCGUGGCAUUCGUGUUCAGCAACCACAGAGAUCUCAUCACCUCUGCCUGCGUCUACUCGUCCGAGACCGGCGUUUGGGGUGAGAUCACUUCGAUUCAUAUUCGAGAUUCAAUAGUUGAUGCAAGCCCGACAGCUCUGCUUGGAAGCACACUUUACUGGCUGUCUGAAAAUGAUAGCAUCAUUGAGUUAGAUUUGGAUAAGAAUAGCUUGGAUUUCAUCGAGGUGCCAUAUGCCGGACAGAUUAUCAUCAUACUGAUAGAGGAUGGUGGUCUAGGUUUUGCCGGUGUUGAUCAAUUCAGCCUUCAUUUCUGGUCAAGGGCAGCUAGCAUCGAUGGGGUAAGAUCAUGGACACAUCGCAGGGUCAUUGAUCUGGAGAAACUUCUUGCACCAGAAGUAGUGGCAGCGUGUAUGAAUCGAGUGUUUCCAGUUGGCUACGCUGAAGACGCUAAUGUGAUCUUCAUUUAUGUGUAUCCAAGCAUCUAUAUGAUCCAUCUGAACUCCAUGCAUAUUGAGGAGGUGUCAGAGAAAGGGACCUAUUGGUUUGUCUUUCCUUACACAAGUUUCUACACCCCAGGAAUCACCACUGGUGGUGGAGAUGAUCAAGCUGUACUGUUGAACGGCAGUUGA